UGGAAAACAUGUACCAGAUGACACGUAACAGGAAGUACAUGCUGAGAGUAGAUCUGGAGGACUUCACAGGAAGGAAAGGUUUUGCUCUGUACUCAUCCUUCUCUUUGGGCUGUGAAACUGAUGGCUAUAAACUACAAAUUUCAGGGUUCAAAGAUGGAGGAGCAGGUGACUCUUUGACCUACCAUAAUGCACAGAAGUUCACCACCUUAGACAAGGAUCAAGAUUCCUAUGAUAAAAACUGUGCUAAAAUGUUUCUUGGGGCAUUUUGGUACUCAGCAGGCUGUCACACUGCAAACCCCAAUGGUGUGUAUUUAUGGGGAGAUGAUACCACCCAUCACGCCAUUGGAGCUGUUUGGCAAUCCUGGAAAAACAAUUUCUCUUUCAGUCUGAAAGCCAUCAGCAUGAAGAUCAGACGUGUGACUUAGACCUAUGAAGAAACAUUUCAUUGUUUCUCAGAAACAAAAAACUAAAUCAAAUUAUGGCUUGAGUGUUUUUUGCUUUACUCUGUUAACUGUGUAACUGUGUGGUGAAUCAUGUAAGAAUAUAUAUGGCUGUUGUGAACUCUCAUCGAU